CUUCGUCAUUUGGAAUUUAAGUUUGGAAAGAGUAGUGAUGAAGUUAAGGUCGGUGAAGGCGUAAUAAUACGCAGAAACCACACAAGCGAGGAGCAAGUAAUUGCACCAAAGAAAAAGUUAAAUUAGAUAGAAAAGUGGAAAGUGUUUUGACAGAGAAGAUAGCCUUUUCGUGAAAAAAUUUUUAUCGAUAUUUAUUACUUGGCUUGGUUCAAGUUAAGUUUCGUGAAAUUUAAUUAUCGAAGGUGGACAAACAAGUAUUUGGUGUGAAUUGAUAUUCCAUGAAACGACACCGCGACUCGCAGAUACAACUGGAAUUUAGUACACGAAAGAGUGAGAGCAAUAGUGGUCGCAACCAUUUGUCGGUUCACAAAAAAAACAAACACGAACAAGCUCCACAAAGUGAAAAUAUUAAUUACAGUGCAAGCAGCCAAAUAAAGAAGUGCAGUGGAAAGGUUUACAAAGCGAAAAGACCACCAAUAGAUGUACCGCCAGAACCAUCCACAAAGCGAAGGAUCAUAUAGAAGGACUAGAGGACGAAGAAGACAAAGAAGCGUAAGCUAAUGAGUAAAGUAGCUAAAGAAAGCUUAAAACAAAACAGAAAAAUCAACAGACUGAUUAACAAUAUAAAACAAAAUUAUAUAUAAAAUAUAUGUAUAUGUUUAUACAUAGUAAUAUAUAUAAAUAAUUAUAUGUAUGUACAUGUAAAUAAGGGAGAAAAAAGAGAAAAAGAGGAUAUCAGAAACACUAGUAAGCACAGAAAGAAAAGCAGAGCAGAUAGUAAAACAGUAAGAAAAAAGCAUUGUAAGUUUUAAGCCGGAAAGGGGGAAAGAUAGAGAUAACGAUAUCGAAAGCAGGCUAAGAUUGUAGUCACGACGACAGUGCCGUCCGCUCUCUGCUCGAUUGUACUUAAACGAGCAACACCAGCUGCAAGUCAUCGGCGGUAAGUUGAGUGUGACAAGGAAAGGACAACACCAAUGAUACGGAUCCCUCGUUGUAAAAGAGAGUAUAAAAAAGGAUAAAACGCAAACUAACGUUGAUUUUAUUGUGUGUGAUAUUUAAAAUUUAAGCAUUAAUUUAAACGCUAAAUAUUGAAAAGGGAAGCCGAGUGCGCAUAUUAAAAACAAAGCGGUAUACAUCAAAAAUACCAAGGAUCAGAGUUCGACAUUGAAAACCAUAAAAAAUACAUUCAGCUGUAACGGGAAGAAGCAGAGGAAGCUGAAAAUCAAACAUCAACUAUGACAUACUCGCACAAUAGCGUUAGUAAUAAUUUAAAAAUGACAACAACCGCAGCAGCAGCCGCAACGACAACAAUAACUCGCUUGAAAAAAUUGUCGAAUAGUAGUGGUGGGUGUGGUGGUGGCAAUGGUGGAAGCCGCAACUCGCCUACAAUAACAUCAACUUCACCCGUAACUGCACAUUCCAACAGUAUUGCCAGCAGUACAAAUUAUCAAUACUAUUACCAACAACAACAACAACAACAACUUGUGUUGAGUUCUUCACCGCCGGGUUGUCCAAUGUCGUCAGGUGCCUCCACGUCAUCGAAUUGCAGCGAAUCGUCAUUAGGUUCUAGUGGCAUUGGAAGCGGCAAUUCUUCGUCGCGCCUACGGAAGCAGCAACAGCGAAAGCAGCAGCAGCAGCAGGUUCAGCAGCAGCAACGCAACUCGCCCCAAUCAACAAGUGGUAGUGGAAGUGAUAGUGGCGUGUUCUUCAGCAAUAAUCAUCAUUAUCAUUCGCAUCAUGGCAGCAAGCGUGGUGCUGGCACCAAUAAGCAACGUGACGGUCAGAGAUCGCCGAACGCACAGCAGCAGCAGCAGCAGCAGCAGCUGCAAACCCGUCAAUCACCAGCUGUGAUACUGGGGGGUGGUGCAAAUCCAGUGGUUAUCAAUAGUAACGGCGGCAGUGCCGGUCGGAAGCAUCGCGCAAAAUUUGCUAUGAACAAUAGCCCCCUGUUCGGCCAGGUCUCGCCUACGCAACUGCUGAUACCCACCGCAUUGACGCAUUUCGCUGGCAGCAAAUGCUUUGACGCACCGGCGCCCACAGCGCUACCAAAACCGCCGCAGCACUGGACGCUGGGCAAGGCGGAACAUAAGGCAGCCAGCAGCGCUGGACCCGGCCUCCACAGUGUGACGACAGCACGCAACCCAGCACUGGCAGCAGAUGCACACACCUAUGGCGGUCACGUGGUUAAGCACUCGAAGCGCAACUUGCUCGACGAUUUCGACACGCACAAUUUAAAGUUGUUGUUAAAUGUGCAAUCGUAACCGUUGCGCGCCUGCCAAUUAUUCCACGAACAACAUCAUCAGCAUAUAUUUGAAAUCAAUACUUAAAAGCGAAAACAAACAAAUUUAAAGCUCUACCAGCAACAAAAUAAAUUACGUCUCUCAGUUAUGAUAAACACUAUGGCAAGGUUGAUGUGAUAUUCGCAAUGAAUCGUGCAAGAGUGCGCUACAAACCAAUCUCAAAUCAGAAAUAAUAUCAUUUCGUAUGAAAAAACAAAAAACUUUUUAACUAGAAUAACUUGAAAACAAGUUUACAAUAGACAUCUCACAAUAAAAAAAAUAAGUACAUACAUUAAACUAAAAUGUUUGUACGUGGAAAAAACGAAGAAGCUGCGUUAUCAUAAAG